AUGGUCAAAUCUCAUUAUAUCCUGGCUGGAAUUACAUUUGUUGUUAAUUGUAUUUGGAACCAGCUGCAUGACUCUACAAUACUCGAAAUCGGAUUGUUGAUGUGAGCUGAUAUAUAUGAGAGAAGUAAGUGAGAAAAAUUGGUUUUUGUUCGAAUUUCAACUGGGUUUCAAUCAAAACUUGGAAUUUUUUAGGUAAAUUCUGUGAUCGCUGCAAUAAACAUCGUCAGGAUUAUCGGGCAACGUUCGUUUGACUGCUGCAAAAACCAUUUCCAAUUUAAGUCCUGAAGAUUUUCCAAUGCGUGAUAAUUGGUCAAUCAUUAAUAUGCUCUGUUCAAUGUUGUCAAUAAUCUGAAUAUUUGCUGAUUUGAGAAUAUUUACGCUAACCAACACGAAAAGAAUGUUCGAUUUUUGGCUGAAGCCGAUUGAUUGUUUUCGGCUGAAACCCUUUUUGAUUGGGAACAAAAACAGUUGGGCAAAUGAUGAAUGAUCCAAGUUUUUCGCAAGAAAACUGUUGAGCGUGAGUUUUUAAAGUUCAAAGCUUUGUACACGACUUCAAAGUUUGAGAUAAAUAUAAUUAUCAUUUCAGCCCUUUUUCGACAAGUUCAACACUCGUCUUCCAAAUCAUUUAUGGGAUGUUCGAUGUUAGCAAGAGUUUGAAAUAUUUGUUGGAUAUUAUUCCAUUUGCAAGACAACUUAUGAAAAAGGAAAACGAGUGUCUGAUUUGUGCAAAUUAUGCUUCAACUCUCUAUGAUUUGACAUGA